AUGGAUUUUAAUGUUAAGCGGCUAGCUGCAGACGCGGGUACCUUCCUGAGCCGUGCUGUACAAUUCACAGAGGAGAAGUUUGGUCAGGCGGAAAAAACUGAGUUGGAUGCCCAUUUGGAGAAUCUUUUGGUAAGAGCUGAAGCCACCAAGCAAUGGACAGAAAAGAUUAUGAAGCAGACUGAAGUCUUAUUACAGCCCAACCCAAAUGUCCGACUGGAAGAAUUUGUGUAUGAGAAACUGGAAAAAAAGGCGCCAACGCGAAUGAACAACUCUGAACUGUUGGGCCAGUCCAUGAUUGACUCAGGAAAUGAAUUCGGUCCUGGGACUGCCUAUGGAAAUGCUUUGAUAAAAUGUGGCGAGACCCAGAAGCAGAUUGGCAGUGCAGAGCGAGAGUUAAUUCAAAGUUCUGCCAUCAAUUUCCUGACCCCUUUUAGGAACUUUCUGGAGGGGGACUUCAAAACAAUCCUGAAAGAACGGAAGCUGCUGCAGGUCAAGCGGUUGGAUCUGGAUGCAGCCAAAACAAGACUGAAGAAGGCCCGCAUGGCUGAUGCCAGAGCUGCCGUACCUGACGCACGCUCACGGCGUCCCAGUUCGUAUAUUUUUAGGGCUGAGCAGGCAGCCUUGUGGUCAGAGGAAGUGACAGAGGCAGAGCAGGAGUUGAGGAUGACUCAGAGUGAAUUUGACCGUCAGGCUGAGAUCACCCGACUGCUGCUAGAAGGCGUCAGCAGCACCCAUGCACACCACCUACGCUGUUUGAACGACUUCGUUGAGGCUCAGACUAUAUACUAUGCGCAAUGCUAUCAGUAUAUGGUUGAUCUACAAAAGCAGUUGGGCAGUUUUCCUUCAUCAUUCACCAACAACAACCAGUCAUCUGUGUCGGAAGGGGCAAGCAUCUCGGUGCCCACCAUACCAAUGUCGGCGUCCCUGCCCAACUCUGCAAGCCGUGGUGGCCCAGCCACAUCUGGCGGCUUCAGUGAAUUGCGUUGCUCCAGUGGCAGCCGCAAAGCGAGGGUGCUUUAUGACUACGAUGCGGCGAGCAGUAGUGAACUUUCCCUGUUGGCUGAUGAGGUGAUCGCAGUCAGCAGUGUUCCAGGAAUGGAUUCCGACUGGCUGAUGGGGGAGCGAGGCAACCAGAAGGGCAAAGUGCCAAUCACCUACCUGGAGCUACUUAACUGA